AGUAGAUAUCACGCUCUCUCUCUCCCGGCAAACGGACAAACAGCGACUCCUUCACUGCAGCUGCAACUGAACAAAUCAUGGCUUUCAGGGGUGUUCAAGGGACUAUAACGUUACUGCUGUUUCUCCUUUGCUUAAACCUCCUCAUAGGCACAGAUAAGAAGACAGCAGCAGUAAACAUUCGGGAAAAAUGUAUGUGCCUCAGAGAGACUGAUGGUGUACCAAUGAGAAGAGUAUCGAACUUCAACGUGAUUAAUUCAGGGCCUCACUGCUAUAAAGUGCAAAUCAUUGUCUUCAUAGGGAGUAAAGCCGUAUGUCUGGCUCCAAAUUCCAAACAAGGAGAGAAGCUUCAUAACUGCUGGAAGCGGAUCAACUUCAAUGAGAGGAAAAAGAAGAAGGUCUGCCUGGCGUCAGGAAAAGUCAAACGGAAACAAAAAAAGCCCAAAACUGCAUAACUCUGGUCAAAGAAUCACUUCUGUGUUAACUGUCCUUUUUUUCUUAUGCUUUAUUUUUGUAUCAUAUACUAUUUGUACAUCGAUUUUUAUUCAGUGUGUAACAAAAAUAAAUGAGUUUAAAAAUGUCAACAGAAAAUACAGUGGAAAAUAUGCAGAAUAAAAUGCCAGAUGAUCUAGAUGAAGAAAUACAAGAGCACUAUUUCGACCUGAGUGAUUAUUUAUUUACACAACUACGCAAUCUAAUAUUUUAAGGGAACUGGAUAUUCUGACAGCCCUUAUAUGUCUAUGGCCAUUAAUGUUAAAAUCAGUCAGACUGAUCUGGAUAUGAACACACCUGAAAAAACUCUAAACAGACAAAAUAGCAAAAUGAAUCAAAGCACAGUGAAUUCAAGCCAGUAUUUCAGCGUAAAUCUGAGUUCAAACCCAUUUCUAUUCUAAUAUCUAUUGUAAUUUUCUUAUUCAAACACUGUCAGAAGCUUCAGUGUCCUUCGUUCAGUCAUGUAGAGUUUCUGUGCACAUUCUGUUUGUGAACAUGUUUUUUUUUUUUCGGUUCUGGUUUCUUAUGUCCAAGAGCAUGCUUAUAAAUGGAUUUGUCUUGCUAAA